GACCGCAGCCUGCUGAGUGCAAAGCCUUGCAUUUACUAAACUCGAUAUUGUUCACUAUAUUAUGCAUAAGACGAGUGCGCCAGAGCGCAAGUCAAAAAAGGCCAAAGUCGAUAAAAGCCUCGCGACAAAACGCACGAAUACACCCCCACCCACCGAGUCAAACCCAGAACUCGAUCUACCAGUCUCACCUCCCUCUCCAAAAGGCAAACAAAAAGCUGCUACAGUCCCAGCCUCAAAUAAAAAUGUACGCAGUGAACCCACCACAUUCGUACUACCAUCUAGCUUCAAAGUCGUCGCUGGGUCUUACGAAAAACUCUUAUACGGCCUCGAAGGCACAGUGACCCCAUCGUCUUCAGCUCCUGGUUAUACCUUCCACCUAAAUCCCAUCUUCAUCUUCCCAGCGCAUGUGUCAUGUAUAAAGGCUGUCGCAGCGUCCCCGAAUGGUGGUAAAUGGCUCGCUACAGGGAGUGCAGAUGAGAUCGUCAAAGUAUGGGAUCUACGGAGAAGGAAGGAGAUCGGUGGACUGAUGCACCACGAAGGGUCGAUUACGGAGCUACAAUUCCCCUCGCGGUCCCACCUUCUCUCAUCUUCAGAAGACGGGACGCUAUGCCUCUUUCGUGCCCGAGAUUGGGCUGUCCUGCGCUCUCUAAAAGGCCACAAAGGCGCCGUAAAUUCGGUUGCAAUCCACCCCUCAGGUAAAGUUGCUUUGAGUGUCGGCAAAGAUAAAACACUCCGGAUGUGGGAUCUCAUGCGGGGAAAGGGCUCAGCCAGCACGAAAUUGGGAAAAGAGGGUGAGCUGGUGCGUUGGUCAGUCACUGGCUCGUGCUUCGUAGUCCAAUGCAGGGCAACCAUCGAGAUAUAUACUACAGAUAUGGUUUUGCAACAUAUCAUUACCCAUCCAUCCCGCAUCCACAGCGUAAAAUUUUGCACACGCGUCAAUGGCACUGGCGAAGUUCUCUUUGUCGGGGCCGAAGAUAAAAAAGUCUCGAUAUACGAGAUACAUGAAGAUCCUGAAAAAAUUCCUACCGUAAUUGCAGAGAUGGUAGGGCAUUCAAAUCGGGUCAAAGCAGUGGAAGCGCUCGCAAUAGCCUUGCCUCCCUCAGAAAACCAAAAAAGCGCCAGAUUGUCCACAACGAUAGUCUGUACCGUCUCCUCAGAUGGGAAGAUCCAUGUGUAUGAUUUGGCUUCUCUGCCAGCACAUUGUGAAGAAAAAUUGGAAAUACAUCCUGUUGCUGAAUACGACACCAAGGGCACUAGGCUGACUUGCAUGACGAUAGCAGAAGGCGAGCCGUCCGAAAUUGCGAAUGCAGUAAAUGGAAAGAGAAAGCGUGCUGACAAUGGGCAUGGACACGAGGACAGCGAGGAGGAACAACAUGAAGGACUUGAAGGUUGGCACUCACAGGGCGAAGAUGAUGGUGAAGAUAAGCAGGAGGAGGAGGGUAGUGAAGACGAGGAAUAAAACAAAAAUAGCAUUAUACUACAUUUACAGUAGACUGUAGACUACAUGAAAUCUACUGCGCGCUUUCGCCCUCUCAUAGGGCGCUCUGUAUCUCCCAUAAGUACGUCCAUGUUAUCAGCCGUAUCAUUAGCGCCCAGGCUCCCAAUACCGAUUGGUGGUGGUUCAUCCAUGGCCAAAGUCUUUACGAAUGCAGGUGGCGGCUUCUCUACCCACAUACCCUCGUCGUCGCCCUCGUCGCCACGAUCAGCUUCAUGUUCGUUGUCCCUCCGUUUCUUUUUCUUUGGUCGAUCGCGAUCCUUCCGCCUUUCCCGAGGAGUAGAGAACGAUAACGACUCCUCACCUCCUUCAUCUACCUCGAAUGAGACGAGUGCACCUCCCUUUUUCUUCUUACUCUUCUUUUCCUUGUCUUUCUCCUUUGACUUCUUGGAUUUGCCUUCCCGCUCGGAUCGGGGAAUGAAUGUUGGCUUGAAAGUAGCUAGAUCUAUCUUCUCCGUGGAGGGGACUCCAUUCGGGUUUAGCUGAGAGGCAGGAGUGGUGGAUGGACCCGCCUCUGCGGGUGGAGGCAUGGGUACUGGCGUAGAAGAUGAUUCUAUCGCAGCAACACCGGUGAUAGCUCCAUCUUCACCCUCUUCAGCUUUCUUCCCAUCGUCUCCAUUCUGUCCACCUUCAUCCUCACUUUCCUCGUCGUCACUUGCAAAUAUAGCCUUGAACACGUCCAUCGCGGGCCGUACAUACGUCAACGUGUCCUCUCCCUGCCCAUCAUCCUCACCUAAUCCGAUAUUUGCGAUAUCUCGUCUCUUCUUCUUGCCACCGUCCACACUUGCAGGAACAUCACCACUACCAGAAGCUGGCACGCUUGCAUCCGCUUUUGACAACUCUGACUCAGGCUGCCAUCCCGACCCCGGAUCAGAAGGUGCCACCUUUUCAUCGACAGGCUCCGGAUUUGGCUCCUUCACCCCGAACCUCUUGCACAGCAGCCUCGCAGGCUGCCAUACCACCGUCUCGCGUGUCAUAGGACCAUACAUCCCCAGCUUCGCAGCGUGAACCUUCGGAUCCUCCUCCAUCUUCUCCUCUAUCCGUUCCUCCCGUUCGUCUUGUUCAUCAGCGUCAUCAUCGGCACUUU